UCUCCCUGCCCUCAGAGGGACACCCCGCCGCGGAGCUCCGGCCGGGCCCCCGGGCCCCGGCCCGCCAGGAGAUGAUAGAAAACGAUAUCCCGUCCAUAAUGUCAGGAAUCCUUAGGAAUUCAGGGCAAAACCACCACCCUUCCCAGGAGUACAGGCUCUUAGCUUCUGACCCCUGCCAGCUGAGUGAAGAUGAUCUCCCCAGUGACUUACAGUCCUUGUCGUGGCUGACAUCUGUGGAUGUUCCUCGGCUACAGCAGAUGGCCAAUGGAAGAAUGGACUUCAGCCUUGGUGCCCAGAGUGCCAUGCUACAGCAGACAGGUCCUGUGGCAACCAACAUGCACUCAACAGGAGCACCUGGAGCAAUGAUUCAUGUCCAGGCCAGCCUGCCACAAGGAAUCCUGGGACUCAAUUCUCUUUCAACACAUGGAUCAAAUAUGAGCCAGUAUGCUGUGGGUGGGCAGCCAUCUCCUGGUUUGCAAACACAGCAACAGCUCUUUCCUCCUCCUCACUCACAGCAAGUGUUUGCUCUAGCACAGAACUCACCACAGUGUAACCCAGCAGCAAUCUACAACCCAUCCUAUGGGACUCAGCCUCACUAUUCCCAGCCACGCCUGGCUCCUCACUCUGCCCAAGAGCUGCAUCCAAAGCACUACCCCAAACCCAUCUAUUCCUACAGCUGUUUGAUUGCCAUGGCUCUGAAGAACAGCAAAACAGGCAGCCUCCCAGUCAGUGAGAUCUACAGCUUCAUGAAGGAGCACUUCCCCUACUUCAAGACAGCCCCUGACGGCUGGAAGAACUCCGUGCGCCACAACCUCUCCCUGAACAAGUGCUUCGAGAAGGUGGAGAACAAGCUGAGCGGCACCUCACGCAAGGGCUGCCUCUGGGCCCUCAACCCUGCCAAGAUUGAGAAGAUGGAGGAGGAGAUGCAGAAGUGGAAGAGGAAGGACUUGGCUGCCAUUCACAGGAGCAUGGCUAACCCAGAGGAGCUGGACAAGCUGAUCACUGACAGACCCGAGAGCUGCAGGCGGCCCAGCAAGCAGGCAGAGCCCGAGGUGCCCACCCUGAGCCACCUGGCCGGAGGCCAGGGCCGAAUCUCCAUGUCGCAGCUGCAGCCCCAGCCCAUCAUGACGCUCUCGCUGCAGCCCCUCCCCCUGCACCACCAGCUCCAGGCCCAGGCUCGCAUCGCCCCGGACUCACCGGCGCCGGCACAGACUCCUCCUCUCCAUACCCUGCCUGACAUGAGCCACAGCCCUCUGCCCCACCACCCCCUGGGCCGUGCAGAGUUCCUCAAUGUGACAGCAGACAUCAACGCAGAGGUGGAUGCCCUCGACCCGAGCAUUAUGGAUUUUGCAUUGCAAGGUAACAUAUGGGAGGAAAUGAAAGAUGACAGCUUCAGCCUGGACACCCUGGGGGCCUUCAGCAACUCCCCACUCCACCUCUCAGACUGUGACCUGGGCACCCCUGGCCUCACGCCUGUCUCCAGCGGCAGCGACCACUCCUUCUCAGACUUGCAGGUCACCGGCCUGUACACCACCUACACAACACUGGACAACGUGGCAGCAGCUCAGUACAUGAACCAAGGCAACAAACCCAUUGCUCUGCUCUGAGCUUUGCACCCUUCCCUGGACCCCUGACUCAAGGGCCAGGUUCUCCCAGCAGUUAAAGUCCAGCCUGAAAGCAAGCAAAGAGCUCCUCCCGCAGAUGCCUGGAACCUGGUGGCUGCUGCCUGGGACACAGCACGUUGAUGCCAAAAAGAAAUCAAACUGUGGUGAGAAGAACCACUUUCACCCAUGGCAAGACUGAGGAAGGGGCAUGGAUGCUUUGUGUGCAGGACUGGUGAGGUCUGAGCAGGAUCUGGAAGGCUUCCCUCAGCAGCAACUUCCACUAGAGCUUAACUGAGAAGGAUCUGGAAGGCUUCACUCAGCAGCAACUUCCA